UACAGGAUGGAUCAGAGCCCUUCAGGCAGCCUAGACAUUAUGGCAGUAUCCAUUACAUGGAUGCCAUUCUCACUUUCUACAUGAGGAUUAUACAGCGACUGGAAAAGUAUGAGGUGCAACUCAAACAGUGUCGCCUCCAACACUCGUCAUCAUCUGAUUUGUCCACAUCGUAUUAUGAGCUGUCCCUUUCGGGGUACAGCAGUCGAUCCACCUCACAGAAGAGUGGCAGUUGUAGACAGUGCGGCUCCAGCAUCCACUCAGGAAGUAGGAGACCCAGUCCUCGGCAACUACACCGACAACGAAGCAAGACCAGCUUUCACGGAGCCAGUCCUCACCAUGCUCCCAACGAAUUAAGGAAUUCUUCUGCUUUAUUGGCCUUAGAGUAUCUAUCUUGCAGCCAGCCAACUCAUCCACAUGGGAGGCCAUUUAACUUAGACCCAAGAAUGUCAUCUCCAGAGGCAGCAUCCAGCAAAAAUGAGCAGACUGAAAGUUCUGCAGCUGAGACUGUAACCAGACGAGCCACUUCAACACUCCCCCAAGUCAAACUCCAAAGGAAAUCUCCCCGCAGGCGUUGGAAGUUUGCCAUUUUGGUAAUCCAGAUAGUGAGGAUGUUGCUUCCCAGGAGGCUGAAAUAUGCCCAGAAAGCAUCCAGAGUAAAAACCACAACAGAGGACCAGACAACAGCCUCCAUUCUGCCAUCUGCUGUCCCCCAGCCGACCAUCAAGUCAUCCCCUGAAAUGACCAAAGUAUCCGUAAACUCCCAGGUGCUCUUACAGAAGCUGGAAUUCCACUUGCAUCGUAAGCUGAGCGAGCAACUCUGGGGGUUUCCCGAGCUGGUUGUCAAGUAUGUCGGCGAGCAGAUUGUUCGUCGGCGUUUGUCCAACAGCACAGGUGACGCGAGAACGGCUCAAGGUGAGGGUAAGGCCGAAGUCAGCAGGGAGCUGCCCGGUAACUGGCAGAAGAUACAGAACAGGUAUCUGAUGAACCUCAAGGAACCGGAUGGGCCCAAACCCAAGCCAAUCUUCCAUCUGGCAGAACACCCAGAUAUCCUUAAGAACCCGGAGACUCCAUACAAAGCUCAACAGCAUGAUCGCCUGGGAAAGAGAAUGGUUACAGAAAGUGAGUGUAGCCUGAGUAUGAAGCAUGAGACAAAACUGGACACGAAACAGCUGGACAUCAGCGGCAGACGUAGGCUGGCCAACCGCCGCACCUUCCACAAACCGUCUGGUCCCUCUCACCUCAUGUCCAACUCUGUAAUCAUCUCCAAACGGGCGACUCAGGACGACUCUGUGAAGAAGGGGCCUCCUCUCAAAGGAGGGCCAGCCAUGACAUUCCUAAGUCAGCUCAGCCUGAACCGGCUAGAGCAGAACUUGACGCAGAAGCGUGAGGCUCACCUGCAGGGGAAGCAGACUCCCUACAGCCUUUCUGUGGCAAAGAUGGCCACCGCCACAGCCCAAGAUAACUUCUGCAACGUUCUCCUGAAGAAGAAAAAGGGACAAACCACUGCUUUAUGGUGCUUAAGCACACCACCCUGAAAGAGUUAACGGACUGGGCCAUAGCAUUAUUUCCUGUUUUUGCUCUAAGCUCUUAUGCAUGGACAUAAGAACACACAUAUUCCAUACACAUACACCACAUGCACCAUAAUCAAUAUAUUAAAGCCAUUUUGUUUUGUUUAAA